CCGCCGCUGCCCCCAGGAGCUGGAGGCCAUCAAGGCCCGGGUGCGGGAGAUGGAGGAGGAGGCCGAGAAGCUCAAAGAGCUGCAGAACGAGGUGGAGAAGCAGAUGAACAUGAGCCCCCCCCCGGGCAAUGCCGGCCCGGUCAUCAUGUCCUUGGAGGAGAAGAUGGAAGCCGACGCUCGCUCCAUCUACGUGGGCAACGUGGACUAUGGGGCGACCGCGGAGGAGCUGGAGGCGCAUUUCCACGGCUGCGGCUCCGUGAACCGCGUCACCAUCCUGUGCGACAAGUACAGCGGGCACCCGAAGGGCUUCGCCUACAUCGAGUUCUCCGACAAGGAGUCGGUGAGGACGUCCAUGGCGCUCGAUGAGUCCCUCUUCCGAGGGAGGCAGAUCAAGGUGAUCCCGAAGCGCACGAACCGGCCCGGGAUCAGCACCACGGACAGAGGCUUCCCCCGCAGCCGCUACCGGGGCCGCGGCGGCGGCUACAGCGCCUCCCGCGCCCGCUUCUACAGCGGGUACAGCCGCGCCCGCGGCAGGGCCUACCGGGGCCGGGCCAGAGCCACCUCCUGGUACUCCCCAUAUUGACCCCCAGCGGACCCACGGACGCUCCCACCUCGGCUAUGGGGGGGUGGGGGGGUGGUGGUUGUCAAUGAGGGGGGUCUCUGUGUGUGUCCCCCCCCUUCUCUUUUAACCCCCCCCGUCUCCCCAUAGACUUCUUGGUACCGCCCCAUUGACACCCAUUGGCCCCAUGGACUGUACCAUGUUGAAUUGGGGGGGUCAAUGUGGGCCCCCCCCCUCCCAUAGGCCUCUUGGUACCGCCCCAUUGACACCCAUUGGACCCAUGGACCGUACCAUGUUGAACUGGGGGGGGGGUGUCCCCCUCCCAUAGACCUUAUGGUCCGCCCCAUAGCGGGCCCCAUUGGACCCAUGGAUGAUACCAUGUUGGAUUGGGGGGGUCAAUAUGGGUCCCGUUCCCGUCCCCCUCCCAUUGACACCCAUUGGACCCAUGGACCGUACCAUGUUGGAUUGGGGGGGGGGUCAA